AUGAUGAAGGUGCAGAGGAUGGGAGGGGUUGUGUUGGCAGCAGCAGCAGUGCUGCUGGCUGCAGUGGUGGCCGUGGCGGCGGCAGAACUCGUGCCGGUGACGGACAAGGACCUGGAGUCGGAGGCCAGCCUGUGGAGCCUAUACCAGAGGUGGCUCAGCGUGUACAACGGGUCGCUGGACCUCGUGGAGAAGCCGAGCAGGUUCGACACGUUCAAGGAGAACGCUAGGCACAUCAACGAGUUCAACAAGAGGAGGACGAGCCGUACAAGCUCGGCCUCAACCAGUUCUCCGACUUGA